AUCACGUGGAGCAAAAUAAAAUUCAACUGUCGGAAUCAGUGGAAAAGGAUUGAAAAUUGAAACGCAGAAUUCCAAGAAGAUGAAACGGUUGAAAACUGGAACUUGAACCACUAGUAAAUGCAAAAUGGUGCUCGAAAGUACUAUGAUAUGUGUCGACAAUAGCGACUACAUGAGAAAUGGAGACUUUUUACCAACAAGAUUGCAAGCUCAACAAGAUGCUGUUAAUUUAGUCUGCCUUUCGAAAACUCGAUCCAAUCCUGAAAACAACGUUGGAUUGUUAACGCUCGCCAAUGCUGAAGUUCUAGCAACACUGACCAGCGAUGUAGGACGAAUUAUUUCCAAACUCCACAAAGUACAGCCGCAUGGAAACCUCUGUUUAAUCACGGGAAUUAAAAUUGCUCACUUGGCAUUGAAGCAUCGUCAGGGAAAGAAUCACAAGAUGCGUAUUGUUGCAUUUGUCGGAAGUCCAGUGCUGAUUGAUGACAAAGAAUUAGUGAAAUUAGCGAAACGUUUAAAGAAGGAGAAGGUCAAUGUGGAUAUUAUAAGUUUUGGCGAAGAGACCGUGAAUAAUGACGUUUUGACGGCAUUCAUUAAUGCCCUCAAUGGAAAGGACGGAACUGGAAGUCAUCUCGUUACAGUUCCACCAGGUCCACAUCUAUCCGAUGCUUUGAUUUCGUCUCCGAUUAUUCAAGGCGAGGAUGGAAUGGGUGGUGCUGGAAUGGGAGGAGCUGCAUUUGAAUUCGGUGUCGAUCCGAAUGAAGAUCCUGAACUUGCAUUGGCUCUUCGUGUUUCCAUGGAGGAACAACGACAAAGACAAGAGGAUGAGGCGAGACGAGCUCAAGUUAAGGACGCGACUGCAGAUAAGAAACCUGAAACAAUUAAAGAAUCGCCGAAUGAAGAAGCAAUGUUGAAGCGUGCACUUGAAAUGUCCAUGGAAGGACCUGAAGAAUCGACACCAGUACCCGAAAAUACAACUGCCAGCACUGGGGCAAUGCCCGAUUUUGCUCGUAUGACUGAAGAGGAACAAAUCGCCUUUGCUAUGAAAAUGUCCAUGCAAGAUCAACCUGAGGCAGAUCCACCGAAAGAAGAAGCAAUGGACGUGGAAGAGGACUAUGCGGCUGUAAUGUCAGAUCCUGCAUUUUUACAAUCUGUUCUGGAGAGUCUUCCCGGUGUGGAUCCACAUUCGGAAGCUGUACGCGAAGCCGUGGGAUCAUUGCAACAAAAUAAAGAUAAGGAAAAGGAGAAAGAGAAGGAGAAAGACAAGGACAAAAGGAGUGGCUGAUAAUUUUUGAUAGUAAUAAGUUAAUUUUUCGAUUGAUUUAUAAUAUUGCUAUUUGAUACUCGAUUGUGUGGAAAAAUGUAUCAAUUCUACACAGGAAAAAAAAUAAUAAAACAAUUUUCAUUCAA